ACGAUUGCACUACACCGUUUUAUACAUAGAGGAAAUACCGUUAGUUAUUUACCAUAUUCCGUCACGAGUGUGACGCUUUAUGUGUGGUUGUUCGCUGGGGGUACUGAGAGCUGUCAAGAGCACCCCAAUAAUUGGAGUAGGCUACGAGUAUCAAGAUGCAUUCAUUGACCAAUAAUGUCAUCUGACAGAAACUUUGGGAGAUUAUUAAUAGGAGUUAUCGAUGCUAUCCUCAACAGUAGUGGUAUUUCUAUAAUUUAUCUUGGAUUGAUAGCCAGCAAGGUGUCAGGAAUGCACACUGUCCUCACACUAGCUGGGUUGAUUCUGGCUCUGUCCAUCCCGAGUGCCAGGCCCGAGUCGGCUGAACUGAGGUUCCUGGGACAGACGGACUUCGUGGUCAACGAGAGCAGCCGCACCGUGGUCCGUCUGGUAGUGGAGAGGAUCGGAGACCUGGUCAACGUGACCGCGCUGGUUCUGUUGGAGGGAGAUGACACGGGGGACUUUGAGGCCACCACGGCUGCAGCCUUCCUGCUGUCCUCAGAGGCCAGUAAGACCAUCUUCAUCGCAGUCAGGGACGACGAGCUGCCCGAGGCCGAUGAGACCUUUGUCUUCAACCUUAGGCUACAGAGCUCCUCCAAUGGCGUGAGACUUGGGACGCCCAACAGAGCCACCAUCACCAUCCUGUCCAAUGACAAUGCCUUCGGAAUCAUCUCCUUCAACUCCACUGAACAGAUCAUUGUGGAUGAGCCUAGAGGGAGGAACCAGUAUGUGCCUCUCAGCCUAGUCAGAGAGAAGGGGACAUAUGGGACAGUGACGGUCAACUUUGAGAUCUCUGGAGGCCCUAACCCUGCCCUGGAGGACCUCAGUCCAGACCGGGGGAACAUCACCAUUCCACCUGGACAGGCUUUGGUGGUCUUCAGCAUCCUCAUCCAGGAUGACCAGAUCCCUGAGGAUGACGAGGUGUUCACAGUCAGGCUGACGGGCGUGGCGGGCGGGGCGGUCCUCAACCCCAAUGGCAGCAGCGUGGAGCUGAAGAUCCGCCGGAACGACAGCCCUCUGCGCUUCUCCCAGUCCCAGGUGGCCGUUGCCGAGACCGCCGGGGUCAUCUCCCUGAUCGUGACCCGCGGCCUCCUGGCUGACCACGGCCGCCUGGUGGGCUCAGACGACACAGAGAUCUCCGUGGACUACGUGGUCGUCAGCGGCGACGGGGCAGGCAGCGCCACUCCAGCGGUGGAUUUCGUGGACCUGCAGGCGGUACGAACAGUGACAUUUCCCCCAUGGGUCUAUGAGGCACGUCUGCUCUUCAACAUCAGCGAUGACGAGGUGCCGGAGAUUGCCGAGUCGUUCCACGUGGUGCUGCUGGAGGAGACGGUGAGAGGAGAUGCAGUGCUGAUCCCGCCCAAUGCCGUGCUGGUCACCAUCGAGCCCAAUGAUAAGCCCCACGGGGUCCUGUCUAUCAGUGGCAGCCAACUCACUCAGCUAAUCAGUAUCAACGAGGAUAAGACUGACAGAUUUGACGGUAUCUCCAUCGUGAGGAACGGCGGUAACUAUGGUGACAUCUCUGUCAACUGGACCAUCAGUCGGAACUCCAGCGACCGCUCGCCCGUGUCAGAUGACCUGAGCCCCGAGGCGGGCACACUGUGGUUGACGGCGGGUCAGAUGAGCGCGGUCUUGCCCUUGAACAUCACAGCUGAUGAGCUUCCAGAGGAAGCAGAGGCCUUCAUCCUCCGACUGCUGCCGGAUACUGUGCAGGGAGGGGCCGAAGUGGACGAGCCUAUGGAGAUGAUGUUCUACAUCCAGGACAGUGAUGACGUGUACGGCCUGUUCCGCUUCCACCCGGAGGAGAACCAGACCAUCCAAAGUCAGCCCGAUGGACGCUUCCUGUCCCUUAGCUUUCUGCGGGAGGGGGGCACCCUGGGGGAGGUAGCCCUGGCCGUCCACACCCUCUACAUCCCCGCGGGGCCCGUGAACCCCGGGCUGGCCCGGGACGGGGUGCUGAACGGCAGCCGCUGUACUACUGUGCUGUUCUCUCAGGGCCAGGACCUGGCCAGACUCACCCUGCCCAUCCGCAACGAUGCCUUCCUGCAGAACGGAGCCCACUUCCUCAUCCAGCUGGAUAGUGUGGACCUGAUCAGUAUCAGCCCUCCCAUCCCAUCUGUGAGUCCUCACUUCGGAGGGGCGCUCAACCUCACCCUCACAGUCACCCCCGAAAUCGCCAAUGGGGAGAUCGGCUUCACCAGUAACACCACGGUGGUGGUGUAUGAGCCAGAGGACACCAACACUAGCACGGUGACCCUCAGCCUGCGGCGGGACGGUACAGAUGGACAGGCCGUGGUGUUCUGGAGCCUUCGACCAAUCGGAGACAACCAGGCUGACGUCACCACUGACGACCUGAAAACUCUGAGUGGCUCAGUGGUGUUCCUGACGGGACAGAGCGAUGCCGUCAUCAACGUCACCGUCUUGGCCGAUGACAUACCCGAGGUCAACGAGACCCUUUUCCUCACUCUGGACAGGGUUAACGUUGAGAACCAGAUCCUGAAGCCUGGCUUCACCAGUCGAGAGAUAGUCAUUGUGGAGAAUGACGACCCAGGUGGAGUCUUUGAGUUCUCCCCCUUCUCCAGAGGACCCUGGUACAUCAACGAAGGUGAGGCAGUGGAGCUGCGUGUCAUCAGGGCCCAGGGGCAGCUGCUCAAACAGCUGGUGCGGUAUGUCCUCAUGCCCUCGGGCAACGCCGAGUUCUACGGCGCCACGGGCAUCCUGGAGUUUAAGCCCGGGGAGAGGGAGGUGCUGGUGGCACUGGUGGCACGGCCUGACGGGGUCCCUGAGCUGGAUGAGACGUUCUCAAUGGUACUCAGCAGCUACAGCACUCCACCCAGUCGCCUUGGCAACCACCGAGAGGUCAACAUCACGGUGCGGAAGAAUGACGACCCCUUUGGGGUCAUAGAGUUCGCCCGGUCUGGAGUGGUAGAGGCCAUCAACGAGAGCAAAGGCUCCGAGUCUCACUCAGUGGCCUAUCCCGUGGUGAGGAACAGGGGUCGCUUUGGGGAGGUGUCUGUGUCCUGGGUCCUAGAGCCCCACCUGUCUGCUGACGUCAGCCCCGUACAGGGAUCCGUUGUGUUUGCUGAGGGGGAGUAUGUGAAAAACCUCACCCUCUUCUCUGUACCUGAUGAGCUCCCAGAGGACAUGGAGAAUUUCACCAUCACACUCCUGAACGCGACGGGGGGAGCAAGGCUUGGGAACAUACUCAACGCAAGCUUGCAGAUAAACAAAAACGAUGACCCGAUUUACUUUGCAGAGCCUGUGGUUGUCAGGCUUCAGGAGGGCGAUGUGGCCAACUUCACCGUUUUGAGGGCUGGUCCGGCUGACUUUGUCGCCACGGUGAUGUAUCGCGUCGACUACGGAGAGGCGUCACUGGGUGACUUGGCCCCGCUGAGUAACGACACUGUGCUCGUGUUUGAUGUGGGAGAAUGGUCAAAGAACAUCUCUAUAGCUGUGGAGGAGGACGACACACCUGAGACUGACGAACCCUUCUACAUUAUCCUCUACAACACUACAGGUGACGCUGUUGUGUAUGGGGCGGACACAGGGACAGUGGUGAUUGAGGCCAAUGAUGAGGCCAACGGAAUAUUCUCCCUGGAAUCCACAGAGAGGUCUGUAGAAGAGGGCAAGACCAACAACUUCAAUGUUAUCAGGGCCAGGGGCCACUUUGGCAACGUGACAGUGUUCUGGCGCCUUUAUGCCAAUGACACAGCCCUGGAGCCUGGUCAGGAGUUCAUCAACAACUUUGGCUCCAUUACUUUCACCACGGGAGAGGAGACCAAGCCCAUCGUCCUCGAGGCCAUCUCAGACAAACUCCCUGAGUUCAACGAGUUCUACAUCCUCAGGCUCACCAACAUCUCAGGUGGUUGCCCCGGAGAGGGCGGCCGAUUGGCUAAUACAUCCCUCAAUGCCUCUGUCCUGAUUCCCUUUAACGAUGACCCUUUUGGAGUGUUCACCAUCGCCGUCGACAACCUGGACCAGGAAGUGGCCGAGGAUAUCCUGUCAGAAGAGGACAUGUCUGAUGUAACUUCCUUCACCAUCCUGCGGCAGCAGGGCACCUUCGGGGAGGUGCGGGUUGCCUGGGAGAUUGUAUCUGUCCAUUUCCCUCUCGGCCUCCCUCCCAUGCAGGACCUCCUCCUCAGCGCCUCCUUCCCCAAGGAGGUGGAGCUCAGGCCCCACUCCAGGAGGCACCACUCAGGCACCGACGCCUGGUUCUUCUCGGGCCUACAGGGGGCCUACGGCACCAUCAGCCCAGAGGAAGGGCCUGGCAGCCUGGCUAACUUCACCUUCUCAGCCUGGCUGGUUUCCAGGCCGGACACCAACGGCUUCAUCGUGUCCAAGGGCAACAGGAACGGGACGCUGUACUAUGGGGUGAAGAUUCAGACCAACGAGUCCCAUGUGAGUGUGAUGCUGUACUACACAGCCUUGGGGGCCAACAACACCCAGGUGGCCCGGGCCACGGCAGAGAGGUUUGUGGAGGACAACGUGUGGCUCCAUGUGCUGAUCACGGUGGAUGAUGGGAUUAUUGAGUUCUUCCUGAAUGGCAACCUUAUGCCCAGAGGGAUUAAGAGUCUCAAAGGAGAGGCCAUCACUGAUGGUUCAGCUCCGGUGCGGAUCGGCUCGGACCCCUACGGAGAACAGCGCUACACGGGCCUCCUGCAGGACCUGCGUCUCUACCACAGCAGACUGAACCACUUGGAGAUCCACGAGCUCCACGUGCAGCCCACCAAGAUGGACCUGAGGAACAUCUCUGGCUACCUGCAGUACUGGCAGGACGAGAGGCAAAAGGCCUUUGUGGUGGAGGUGCGGGACGACAAGGAGGAGGAAGGGGAGGAGGUGUUCUACCUGCAGCUGGUGGCGGUCCAUGGGGGGGCGCGUCUCCCCCUCCCCCGCCCCACCGCCACCCUGCGGGUGAUGAAGAGCGACAACGCCAACGGCCUCUUUGGCUUCACUGGCGCCUGCAUACCAGACACGUCAGAGGAAGGCUCCACCAUCUCCUGUGUUAUUGAACGGAUGCGUGGGGCUCUGGACCACGUCUAUGUCAACUACACGGUCACUCAGUUGGACUCAGACAGCCAGGUCCAGGCCAACCAGGACUUUGCUAACGCUAGCGGCUCUGUUGUCUUCCUGCCCGGUCAGCGCUCUGAGGUCCUGAACCUGCUGGUGCUGGAUGAUGACACCCCUGAGUUCGCUGAGUCCUUCCAGGUCACCCUGGUGUCAGCUGAGUCAGGUGACGGGAAGCCAGGCUCUACCCCCACCAGUGGGGCCAGCAUCGACCCUGACAACUCAGCCACCACUGUCACCAUCACAGCCAGCGACCAUCCCUAUGGUCUGAUCCAGUUCCAGUCCAGCCUGCCAGCUGAGGGGAUGAUCCGCCCAGCAACAGAGCCUGCCCAUGUCACGGUCAAUGAGGAGGACGGAGAGGUCCACCUGCUGGUGGCCAGGGCCCAAGGCCUGCUGGGAAGAGUCAUGGUCGGCUACAGGACCUCACCGUUCACUGCAGUCAGCCCAGAGGACUAUGAGGACUCAGAUGGCUUGCUAGACUUCCUGCCAGGAGAACGCUUCAAGUACAUUAAUGUGACGGUCAUAGACAACCCUGUGCCAGAGCUGGACAAAGUGUUCAGAGUGGAACUCUACAAUCCUGACGGAGGAGUGGAUCAGUUCCUUCGGAGUGAAGGCAGUGGCAGUGGAGAAAGUGACACUGAGUUUUUCCUCCCGUCCUCUCACCGCCGUGCCAGUCUGGGAGUCGCCUCCCAUAUCACCGUGACCAUCGCUGCCUCUGACGACGCACACGGAGUGUUCCAGCUGAGCCAGGACUCACUGUCUGUCAACGGCACCGAGCCUGAGGAGGGACGCAGCACUGUGCUCCUGCAGGUGGUGCGGUCAUUCGGUGCCCUAUCCAACGUGACUGUAUUCUGGGAGGCUGAGGACAGCUCUGAGGAAGACCUCAUCAGCAGGGCCGGGAACAUCACCUUCCACGUGGGCCAGACCAGAGGGGAGAUUGAGCUCCAGGUGGCCCAGGACGAGGUGCCGGAGCUGGACAAGAGCUUUGCCGUGUCCCUGGUCAACGUCUCCCAUGGGCGUCUGGGUGUGAGGACUGAGGCCUCUGUGACAGUGCUGGCCAGUGAUGACCCCUACGGAGUGUUUGUGUUCUCAGAGAGCAGCAGGCCGGUGCGCCUGCCCGAGGGCCACACCCUGGUCAUCCUCACCAUCCACAGGCAGAGGGGGCUGAUGGGAAAGGUACGCGUGACGUACGGAACCCUGAGUGAGGCUGAUGGCGCCCCCUUCAUGACCCCGGGUGUGGGCCGGGCCAGUGAGGGGAAUGACUUCGUCCCCCUCCUGGAGUCGGUGGUGUUCACAGCCAAUCAGAGUGAGGCUAAUGUAACCCUUCGAGUGCUGGAUGACGAAGACCCUGAGAGGGACGAGUCCGUGUUCGUGGAGUUGAUCAGUGUCAAUCUCAUAGAAGGAGAGCAGGAGAGACUAAUUGCCCAGUCUCCUCGUCUUGGUCCGAAGGCUGAGAUCGUGGCCCAGGUGAUAGUGGAGGCGAGUGAUGACGCCUUUGGGUUCCUGCAGCUGUCUGCCCCGGCGGUCAGUGUAGCUGAGGACUACGUCGGACCCAUCAUCAAUGUGACACGCAUCGGGGGAAUUUUUGCUGAUGUGUCCGUGAAGUUCAGGGCCGUACCAAUGACUGCCAGAGUUGGUGACGACUACAGCGUAGCGUCUACUGACGUGGUUCUCCUGGAGGGGGAGACCAGUAAGCCUGUACCCAUCUACAUCAUUAACGAUGUGAUUCCUGAGCUGGAGGAGACCUUCCGCAUCGAGCUGCUCAACGUGACCACAGGGGGCGCUCGACUGGGGGAGCUCACUCGCACCAUCAUCACCAUCCUACCCUCUGAUGACCCCUUUGGGGCCUUCGUAUUUCAGGCUGCUCCUGUCACCAUAGAGGAGCCAGGGGCGAACUCCUUUGAGGUGACACUGCCCAUAGUGCGUAAUGCUGGGACCAUAGGGACCGUGGCUAUCCAGUGGCGAGCCACGGUCAACGGCAAAGCAGCAGUAGGGGACCUCCGGCCUGUGUCAGGAGAGGUCAUCUUUGCGCCCGGAGAAACCAUUAAGACGUUGAAUGUCGAGGUCCUAGCAGACGAUGUGCCGGAAAUUGAGGAAAUAAUCAAGGUGGAAUUGACUGGUGCCACUAAUGGAGGAAACCUUGGAAUAGACAAUACAGUCAAUAUCAUUGUCCCAGCCAAUGACAACCCGUAUGGGACGGUCUACUUUGACCAGUCUGUGUAUCGAGUGCAGGAACCUCUCGAGGGAAUUUUUUUGGCCAACAUUACUGUCCGUCGAAGUGGUGGUCAUUUUAGCCGAGUUGAGGUCCUCUACAGCACCUCAGAGAUCGACAUAGUGAGCAUGGCCCAGACUGAGGGCCAGGACAUGCUGUUGUACUACAACCCCCCGGUGUCAGGAGUACCCUCUGGCACCCCCCACAGGCCAGUCAACGUCAGCUCUCAGGGAGACCCCCUGGCUGCCUGUGCUGCAGUCUGCCUGAGGGAGCAGACCUGCCAGGCCUUCUCCCUGUCUCUCCCUGGGGGCUCGUCCCCCAUGGCCUUCUGCACCUGGGUGACCAGCGGGGCCGCUCAGCUCACCGCGUCCGCCCAGACCCUCACCUAUGCCAAAAACACCACGGCCGCCGCCGUUCUCUUCAGCUCGCAGGCCGUGGCGGGUAGCGACUACACCACCAUGACAGCACAGACGGCCAUCUUGGAAGACGGCUCGGGUGUAGCCAACCUGACCGUUCCCAUUCUGACAGACAAACUCCCUGAGAUGGACGAGAGCUUCUCCAUCCGCAUCCUGAAGGUGGAGCUGGUCAACUUGACUGUGGCUGGGAAGAACCUGCCCUCCAUAGGGCAACCGGACAAGGCAGUGGUCACCAUAGGCAUGAACGGCGAUGCCUUUGGGGUGUUUCUCAUCUACAGCCUCAGCCCUAACGCUACAGAGGAUGGGAUCUAUCUGGAGGUGAGAGAGGAGCCGCGCGUCUCAGUUCCCCUGGUCAUAGAGAGGAGGGGAGGCAGCCUAGGACAGGUGACAGUUGAGUGGAGGUUCGUGGGCGGAAUGGCUACACCCAACACUGACUUCACCGGGACGGGGGAAACACUUGUCUUUGCCGACGGCGAUUUGAAGAAGACCAUUGAGAUAGUGAUUGUGGAUGACUCGGAGCCAGAGGACAGCGAGACCCUGAUGGUUGGCUUGGUGAAGACGGCGGGAGGCAGCCGGAUCCUGCCCAGCUCGGACACGGUCACCAUCGUCAUCCUGGCUAACGACAACGUGGCGGGGGUGGUGGGAUUCCACGCCGUCUCACGCUCUGUCAUCGCCAGAGAGGGGGAGAUGCUGUCUCUGCUGGUGACCAGGACAGCUCCUGGUCUGGGGAACGCCACCGUGGACUGGGCCAUCCAAGGCCCCCGCGUUGCCAGGACCUUUACACAUACCUCAGGACUACUAUUCUUCACCGAGGGAACACUGAACACUACCAUAGUCCUCCAGCUACUUGAAGACGCAACACCUGAGGAGAAUGAAGAGUAUAGGGUGGUCCUGUCCAACAUCCACACUUAUGGUGUUCUGGUAACGGGUCAUGCAGCGCUGGACAUCCAGGGGCGCGAGGCGGUGGUUACCGUGGAGACCAGUGACGAGCCGUUCGGGAUGCUGAGCAUCGCCCCAUCCUCCCUCAGACUGAGCACAGAGGAGCGCGACGGCAUCCUCAACGUCUUCAUCAACAGAGAGCUUGGGGCUUCAGGGGUGGUGAAUAUCAGCUAUGAGACGGUCCGAGGGUCCCUCCAGAACCUGUCACAGGUGGAAGGGGGUGGCGGCCUGGCUGAACCAGGACAGGACUUCCUCCCUGCGUCGGGCUCAGUGACCCUGCAGGACGGUCAGACCUCUGUGGCCAUCCCCAUCACCAUACUAGACGAUGACGUCCCCGAGUUGCAGGAAUUCUUCCUGGUCAACAUUACGUCUGCAGUACUCAUCACCACCCUCUCACCUGCCCCUAAACUAGACACCCAGGGUUUGGUGGCAGAAAUCAGCAUUGGUGCCAAUGAUGGAAUUCGAGGUGUCAUUGAAUGGACAAACACUAAUUUUGAGGUGAAUGAGACCAUUGGCGUGCUGAGCCUGGUGGCCUACAGGAGCGCAGGGACCUACGGAAACGUCUCGCUCUUCUUCUACGCUCAGAACCUGGAAGCUCAGCUGGGCCUGGACUACAACGCCACCCCAUCGAUGCUCCACUUCGCUGAUGGGGAGAGGCAUAAGUUUGUUGAGGUUCAGAUCCUUGAUGACGUCAUCCCAGAGGGAGCUGAAAGGUUCCAGCUGAUUCUGGCUAAUCCAUCGUCUGGGCUGGAGCUGGGAGACAAUACCACAGCCAUGGUAAGCAUCUUGGCCAGCGACGACGGCCAUGGUGUCAUUUCCUUCAACAGCAGCCAGCACUUCCUGUUAAGGGAACCCACCUCGGUGUCUGGGCUGGGGGAGAGCGUGGCCACCCUGUAUGUGGUGCGUGACCCACCCCAGGGCACCUUCGGCACCGUCAACGUCCAGUUCACCAUCACAGAUGCCAACGAAACGCUGGCCCAGGACGACCUCAUGCCCUGGCAGGGCAUUGUUGAGCUGGAGGAUGGAGUCAGGUUCAAGACUCUGGAAAUCUGGGCGGUUCUGGAUGCUGAGCCCGAGGUGAACGAGACGUUCACGGUAACUCUGUCCAGUCCAACGGGAGGGGCGCGGCUUGGAGACACACUCCACACACUCAUCACCGUGCUACAGAACUCCGCCCCGUUAGGCCUCUUCCGCAUCGCACCCUCCCUCAAUAGGACUGACAGCUCUGUGGUGGGGGAGGAGGGUGGUAGGACCGUGUUCUUGACCGUGUCCCGCAGUAACGGUCUAGAGGCAGCGGUCAGUGUGGAGUGGGAGACCCAGUCGGACACAGCCAUUGCCAUGGAGGGGAAUCUUCCAGUGAUGGCAGUGUAUCAGAUCUUCCCAGAGACCCCCACCUCAAGCUGGUGUUCCCUGGCUGAGGGCGCCUCUCCUCUAGCCAUGAGGUUGGACAGGCCCUCCCCUGGCGGCUCCACCCAGACCCGCGCCACUCUGUACAGGUGGCAGGGGGUGUUGGUGCCUAUACAGUCGGUGAGGAUCCAGGACCCUAGUGUGUGUGUGGGCUUCUCUGUGAACGGCUCGUCCUAUGUAGCGAUCACACACGGAGGCCACUCGGACUCCCCUGCUGUCAACCUCAGCCUGUUCAGAGUGCAGCCGGACCUCAACCUUACACUGGAACAAACGUUGGCUGUUGAAGCUCUUGAUGUCAAACACUUCUCCGUUGAAAGAAGAGACUACUUGAUUGCCUCGAGCCUGGUGUUCGUUCGGACUGGAAGUACCUUUUCUGUCCAUCAGAGCCUGGAGCUUCAGGGUGUCCUCAGUGUGUCUCUGUUCUCCCACGGGACCAGUCUCUACCUGGCUGCCUGUGUGGGGAGAGAGACUGAGGACGCCUGUGUACUGUUCCAGUGGAGUGAAGGACACUUCCAGAACCCCAGGCCUCUGCCUGUCAGCAGCAGAGCUCAACAAGUGGAGUCCCUCACCAUGGGAGCAGACAUUCUCCUAUUGGUCGUCACUGAAGGUUCCCCUCCCUCCUGUGAGGUGUUUGUAUGGGGACCCCAGCAGCAGUUCCCCCAGCACAGCCAGUCUAUCCCCCACCCUGGCCUGGGCUCUGUCCACCCCUUCACCCUACCCUCAGGGAUCACCCAUGUCCUGCUGGCGGGGAGGAAUGGCUCAGCGCUGUACUCCUGGAGGUCUGACAUCAGCCUGUUUGCCAUGGUGCUCAGGUCUCCUCCAGCCUCUCACUUCCUCUCUCUCCCUCUCCCCUACUUCAACACCACCAAGAGCCUCAUAGCAGCCACCGAGCCCUCAGGCUCCACCCUGUAUGAGCUCACCACGGUCUCCAACCACUCUGACUACACACCCAGCUAUGGCGAGUUGCGUUUCGCGCCCGGUGACCGGGAGAUGGAGAUUGCGGUGAAUAUCAUCGACGACGAUGCCCCGGAGGAGGAAGAACAGUUCCGGGUGGGCCUGAAAAAUCCCAAGGGAGGGGCUGAGAUUGGCUUUGGUGGUCAGAUGACCGUGCUUAUUCCAACCAAUGACGACGCCUAUGGAGUCAUAGGCUUCGCACAGGGCUCUCUAUCUGUGGAAGUAGAGGAGUUGGCGCAGAGCAACCCUAUCUCUCUGAGUGUUGAGAGGAGGAGAGGGACCUUCGGCAGACUGACCGUCCACUGGGCAGCCAACGGCAGUCUGGAAGACAUCUUUCCCACGUCAGGAGUGGUGACGUUUUCUGAGGGCCAGGUGGUGGCUACCAUCUUUAUGACCGUGGUAGUGGACAGCGUUCCUGAGCUGAGGGAGAGGGUCACCCUUACCCUUAUGGAUGUCACCACGGUGGGCCUAGACCAGCCCUCCAGGGGGGCGCUCAUUGACCCACAGAGGGCACAGGCCCUCCUCACCAUCCUGCCCAACGGCUCGCCCUACGGGGUGAUAGGCUGGCACCUGGACUCCCAGUACCUCCACACACAGGAGCCCCAGAAAAGUCCCACUAACGUCACCCUCACCAUUGUGAGAGAGCAGGGAGCGUCUGGGGAGGUGGCAGUGCACUACCAGACCAGACCGGCCCUGUCCCAGCCCCCCUCCAACCAGGCCAGCGCCCCACAGGACUACACACCCCGGGAGGACACCGUCAUCAUGAAGGAGCAUGCCACCGUGGCCCUCGUCACCAUCACUAUCCUGCCGGACGAGGCUCCGGAGCUGGCUGAGAGUUUCCUGGUGAACAUCACAGGCGUGGAGCUGGUGGGGGGGUUGACAGGGGCGGGCCAGCCCAGUGUGAAGAGGCCUGGCAUGGAGGUGGCUGAGGUCACUAUCCAGGAGAACGACGACCCACGGGGGGUCCUGCAGUUCAGCGUCUCACAGGAAGAGUCCGGAGUGGUCCUGGCCUAUGAGGUGCCCCCGCCCGGGAACCUCCUCCUCCUACCUGUGGUGCGAUUAGCUGGCAGGACUGGGAGAGUGGUGGUGUACUGGGAGGCUCAGACAAUCACUGCCAGCCUCAAUGACUUCAUUCCUGCUUCUGGGAAUAUCACCUUUCAAGAUGGCCAGGGAGAAGCCUUUAUUGACAUCAGCAUCAUGGAUGACACAGAGGUGGAGUCUGCAGAGCGCUUCAGUGUGACUCUAAUGCGUGUGAUUGGUGGAGCCAGACUGGGCGAGAGGACCUCUGUGACCAUCACCAUCCCCCCCAACGAUUCACCGCUGGGCCGCUUUGGCUUCCAAGAGCAGACUGUCACUAUCAGUGAGCCAGCGUUCAGUAGUGACCCAGCUGCCAUGGCAACGCUGACGGUGUUGCGCAGUGCGGGAGGAGAGGGGGCGGUGACACUGGUGUGGCGCCUGGAGGACGCGGCCCGGGACGACCUUUCACCUCUCAACGGAACACUGGUCUUCAGUGAGACAGAGUUGAGGAAAACGUUGGGGAUCCGGGCUCUGGCUGACGCUUUGUUGGAGGGGGACGAGAGCUUCAAUAUCCAGCUCCUGGCUGCCAAGAGUGGUGCUGUCAUCGACCCCAUUAACGGGUUGGCCACCAUCACCAUCCAGGGAGACCGUGCAGCCCUGGGAAUGGUGGGCAUCGCUGAGGCCUCCAGGAACGUCCUGAUAGGAGAACCUCAGGGAAACUAUAAUGGGACUGCUUUGAUCAGCCUUGUUCGAGGCCCAGGCAUCUUCGGAGAGAUCCAGGUGUACUGGAACAUCACUCCUGCUGUGGCCUCUGAGUUUGAGGAGCUGUCUGGUGUGGUGACCAUGCGAGACAGACAGUCUGCAGCCACCAUCCGCCUUAAGGCGCUGGAUGAUGACACGGCGGAGGAGCGGCGUGUGUACCAGCUGACCCUGACUUCAGUCACGCCAGGGGCGGAGAUCAGCCCCUCGGCCCAGUGGGCCACAGUCACCAUGGCAGCCAGUGACCUCCCCUACGGCCUGUUCUCCUUCCCCCAGGGCCUCGUCAGGGCCUCUGAGGAGGAGGGCAAGGUCAAUGUGACAGUGGUGCGUUCCAUGGGCACGUUUGGGAGUGUGUGGGUGACCUACCAGACAGCAGGCAGUGUAGCGGUCAGUGGAGUGGACUUCACCGAGGCCUCGGGGAGCCUGCUUUUCAGCCCAGGCCAGACCACACGUGAUGUCACAUUGAGUAUCGAUGACGACGACCUCCCAGAGGGGCCUGAGGAGUUCUACCUCAACAUCACCACAGUGGAGCUCGUCAAUGACAGUACUGUGGAAUUCAGCGUGAGGGAGCAUGGCCUGCAACGAGACCAGCCUCCAGCCAUCGGCAACAUCUCCUCCAUCAUGAUCGUCAUCCAGAAGAGUGACAACGCUGAGGGUAUUCUGGAGUUCCUCCCUGACUAUGUCAACAUCACAGUGGAGGAGGAUGUGGGCAGUGUGUCUAUUCUGGUGGUGAGGAGGGUGGGUUACUACGGCCUGGUCACGGCAGAUUACAUAUCCAGGGGCCUGACGGCCAGCCCCGGCCUGGACUACAGCCUGGCCAACGGCUCGCUCACCUUCCUCCACGGCCACAACACCAGUCACAUCAAAGUGACCAUCAUAGAUGACCAGGACAGAGAGUAUGCCGAGAUGUUUGAGAUCCAGCUGUCCAGUGCCACGGGCGGAGCCAUACUGGGGACUCAUUUGGUCGCCAGUAUUACCAUCGCCAAGAGCGACUCACCCAACAGCGUGGUCCGUUUCCUGAACGAGAGCGUGAUCACCCUGGUGAACCCCAACAGCACCCUGAGGCUCAGCCUGCUCCUGGAGAGGGUGGGCGGGCUAGUGGGCAACACUACGAUAACAUGGAGCAUGCUGGGUCCCAACACCAAAGAGGUCUUACCACCCGUAAACACAGACAUUGGUGAACCCGUGAACGGAUCGUUUCAUUUCAGAGAUGGGGAGGGGGGAUUACGCAUCAUCGAUCUGAGUAUUCUCCCCCAUGGGGAGGUGGAGGAGGCGGAGACCUUUGUAGUCACGCUUGAGCUCCUCUCAGGAGACGUGGACAUUGACCCCCGAGCGGGCUCUGUCACGCUCAAGAUUGAGAAGUUUGGUGACCCUAAUGGCAUAGUUCAGUUCACGGAGGAGGACCUUAGAGAGCGUGUGUACAGUGAGCCCACAGACAGCGAGGGGCCGCUCAACAUCUCCCUCCUCAUCACGCGCAGAGAGGGCGUCAUGGGCAACAUCACGGUGCACUGGCAGAUCCUGAGUGACUCUGACACAUCGGGGGAUUUCUCAGCCCUCAGCGGCUCCAUGGUCAUCCUGGAGGGUCAGAGGGGGGCAGAGGUGGUCCUCGCCCUGCUGCCCGACGCCGUGCCCGAGCUGGAGGAGCUCUACACGCUCAGGCUGAGCGCCGUAGAGGGCGGCGCCACCCUGGACGCCAACCGCAGUAGCACCCAACUCAGAGUGCGGGCCAACGAUGAGCCCCACGGCUUGUUUGGGCUGGAGGCGGAGCAGCAGGCGGUGGUUGUGGCAGGGAUGGGGGCUGGGCUGAGGAGACUCUUGACCCUGAACGUGACGCGCCAGGCUGGAGCCUUCGGCAACGCCAGUGUGGGCUACCGGAUCAGUACUGGGCCUGGGCUGGAUGGACAGGAGCUGCUGGGAGAGGCGGCUGUGGGGAGAGCCCUGGUCAAGGAUGGGGAGGACUCAGCCUCUGUUUCUGUGCCAAUUAAUAGUGAGGUGUUUCUCUCAGUAGGUGUAAACUUCACUGUGGAGCUAACAGACGUGAGCCUUCUGGGACCUCUCCUCAGCUCCCCACCCCGCCUCCUACUGGAGGCCAAGGUCGCCAUGGUGACCGUCCCAGAGGAAGCAGCCAGCGCUGAGGUGGGCUUUGUCUCGUUGGCGCUGCAGGUCUCCAGUGUGGAAACAGGUGUUUGUGAAGCACUGGUGUCCAGGACGGGGCUGUUUGGGGGGGUAAGGGUGGAGUGGAGCGCAGGGUACCCCCCUGGACAGGCUCCAGUUGGGUUCAAGCCUGGAGUUAUCACCCCCAGCUCAGGCUCGGUGACCCUGGCCCAUGGAGAGAGGAGCAAGGCUAUGUCUCUCCAGGCGCUCCCUGAUGUGUCUGAGCCAGCAUCCUACGCCCUCCACCUCACUGCAGCCGGCUCCAGCUCACCUGCUCCUGGAGUAGCCAGACUCAGGUCAGGGUUCACGGUGGCAGAGGUCGAGCCUCUGGGGGUGUACCAGUUCGCCCCAGACUCCCGCCAGCUGGUCAUCGAGGAGGACGUGCAGACCAUCACCCUCUAUGUCCAGCGGCUCUACGGUUUCCGUAGCAACCGUACCCGCCUGUCCUAUGAGACGGCGUCGGGCAGUGCUCUGGCGGGACAGGACUUCACUGCUGUGCAGGACGGAGAGCUGUUCUUCGACUUGCCUCACCAGACCUCCGCAUCGCUCCGUCUGUCUGUACUGGACGACGUGCUCUCGGAGCCCGAUGAGAUCUUUUAUGUCAACCUGACAGACGUCCAGGUACUGAGCCGUGGUGGUGACUCCCGGCCCCGUCUCACCCCCCAACACAGCGUUGCCACUGUCACCAUCCUGGCCAGUGAUGUCACCGGGGGGGUGCUGAGCAUCGGGCCGGGGCUGGUUCAGACAGCAGAGGACAGGGAGGAGGGGAGCCAGCAGGACAGGAAGGUGCUCCUCAAGGUGCACAGGUCUGACAGCCUGGCUGGGCCAGUGAGGGUCAGGGUCCAGGCUUAUGGGGGCGGGAGUGUCAGAGGUGCCCCUCUCCCCUUUGCUCUGGAACCCAACAGGACCCUGGCCCUGGAGGGGCAGGACUUCAGGCUGGAGUCCGCCCUGGUGUCACUGCAGGAGGGGCAAAGUGAGGCUGAGGUUAGCCUACUCAUCCUGGACGACUCUGAGCCCGAGGGACAGGAAGUGUUCUUCAUCUACCUCAGUGACCCGGAGGGAGGGGCACAGAUCACAGAUGGACCCGACAAGCAGGGAUUCAGCUCCUUUGCCAAAAUCAUCAUCCUAGGGAGUGAUUUCCAUAAUGGGAUAGUGGGUUUCAGUGUGAGUUCUCUGCUCGGUCAGGUUCUGGAUGAGGACUCAGAAAUGAACAGAACGGCCCUACUCUACCUACAGAGACAACAGAACCGGGCCUUUGAGGAUGUUGAGGUGAUGUGGCGGGCCACGUUCAACAGGGCAGAGCUGUCCCUGGUCAACAACGGAGUCAACCUGACCCGGGAGCUGCUGCAGACCUCCGGCACCGUGCUUUGCAGGAGAGGACAGGUCCUCUGUGUCCUCAGCAUGGAGGUCCGACAAGACCAGGAACCUGAGUACCAGGCCUGGUUCCUGGUAGAGAUCUACCAGGUGGGUGUUGGCGCCGCUAUCAAUGAGAGUGCCCGCUUUGCCAAUGUCACCCUGCUGGAGAGCGAUGACCCGCGGGGGCUGGUCUACUUUGCGGUGGGGUCCAGACUGCCCGUAGCACUCCUCAAAACCACCCGCCUCAGUCUGCAGGUGUACAGAGAAGCCAGCACAGCCUCCACCAUCACCGUACGCUACCGCAUGCUGGAACUCCCACGGGCUGAGGCAGUAGGCCCUACCCUGGUCUGGCCCGCUGUGGCCGGUAUGGACUUCCUAAAAGAAGAGGGCCAGCUGACCUUUGACCAGGGCCAGAGGAGCACAGGACUGGACAUCACCCUCACCCCAGACCAGGCCUCGUCCAACCCCCCGCCCAAGCGCUUCCGCGUGGAGCUGUAUGCGGCCAGCGGAGGAGCCAGGGUGCACCCUGAGUAUGGGCUGGCCAACGUGACCCUGGUAUCGGACACGGAGGCCCAGCUGGUGUGGGCCCUGUUGGACCAGCUCCAGCAGCCUCUGGACAGCACCACACUGGAUAGGGUGCUACAGGCCCUGCUCAACAAGGCCACAGCCCAGCUCACACCAGAACAACUGACCGCCGUGCUGGUCGCACUGGGGAAGGUGCUUAAGGAGGCAGAGCGGACCCCUCUUGCUGACAGCAGCCGGGGUUUGACCUAUGACCUCCUGUGUGCCAUGGCCAACCCCAGCCGUGUCGACACGCAGGGCCUGAGCCAGCUAGCAGAAGUGGCUGAGCGCUUCGCCUUCUCCCUCCUCACAAACACCCAGUGUGGAGCACAGGGUCAAAGGGGGAGGACCAUACUGGACACUUGCGCCUACAUAUCCAUCUCUGCCUACCACUGGUACCCUACCCAGAUCAACGGGCACAUGUUCAUGGGCAAGAACUCAGACACAUUCCAGUUGCCAGAGACCCUUCUUGAGGUGCCAGCCCUGCCCGCGGGCACCCUCUCCCCCUCAGCCUGCCGCCGUGUGCAGCUCACAGAGUACAGCACGGAGCACUGGUUCCUCACCAGCGACAAAACCACAGCCCUCAACGGCAAGGUUUUCUCUGCCAGCCUGCAGGGCCGAGGGUCACGGCCCCUGAAUAAGAGUGACGAGGUGGUGUACCGUAUUCACACCCUUGGGUCAAGGGUCAAACCUGGCCAGUCCCUGUGCCUUCUGUGGAACCAGGCUGCUGAGAGCUGGCUGUCAGACGGGCAGUUCUGCAGGAUAGUGGAGGACAGUGGGAACUAUGUGGAGUGUGCCUGCUCCCACCUGUCUGUGUACACGGCCCACGCCGAGAUAGCCGCUCUGGCCUCCUACAACGAGGCAUUCUACACCUCAGGCUUCAUCUGCAUCUCAGGUUUCGCCUUGGCCAUCGUAUCCCACCUGCUGUGUUCCCGCUUCCCCAUGUUUGCUGCCAAAUUGCUCACCCACAUGAUGAUGGGCUGUCUUGGGACCCAGAUCUGUUUCCUGGUGUCGGCGUUCCGUGGGCGUGUCUUCUCCGAGGACAGCUGUGCCGUUCUGGGUCUCUUCUCCCACUACUUCCACCUCAGCCAGUUCAGCUGGAUGCUCAUCCAGGCGGUGAACUUUUGGCAGGUGUUGGUGAUGAACGACGAGCACACAGAGCGGCGUUACCUGGUCUACUUACUGCUGGGCUGGGGACUUCCUGCUCUGGUCAUCAUCAUCCUGGUCAUCGUGCUACUGGGGGGCUUCGGCUGGACCAUACACGGUGUUUACGGCCUGGUGCACGGGGAUGUGUGUUUCAUUCCUAAUAUAUAUGCUGCUCUGUGUACAGCAGCCCUGGUGCCUCUCAUCUGCCUGGUCGGGGUACUGGUGGUGUUCAUCCAUGCCUACCAGGUCACACAGCAGUGGAAGGCCUACGAUGACGUGUACCGCGGGCGCACCAACAGCUCAGAGGUGCCCAUGGUGCUGUACCUGUUUGCCCUGGUGUCCCUGGUGUGGCUGUGGGCAGGACUACACAUGGGCUACAGAUACCUGUGGAUGCUCAUCCUCCACGUCAUCUUCAACUGCCUGCUGGGCCUGUACGUGUUUGCGGUGUACUUCCUGAUGCACAACCAGCUGUGUUGGCCAUCCAAAGCCAGCUACACGGUGGAGAUGAAUGGCCACGGCAGCCCAGACUCCACUUACCACAGCGGGGUAGGGGGUGCCGCCACCAUAGGGGCGGAGAUCAACAAGUCCACCCAGAACCUCAUCAGCGCCAUGGAGGAGGUGUCUGCGGACUGGGAGCGUGCGUCCCUGCGUCUGGGCAGUCAGCCCAGCAGUGUGUUUAAACAGAGCCCUCAGAGUGGGGCCUACACCACCGACGGAGGAGGCUUCAUCAACGACAACCUAGUGGCCGACGAGGAGUCCCAGGAGUUUGACGACCUCAUAUUUGCCUUAAAGACUGGAUCUGGCCUUAACCUGAGCGACAACGAGUCGAUCCACGGGAGCCAUGACGGUGGGAGUACGGCCCCAUCCCAGAUCGUUGAACUAAGACGCAUACCCAUCGCUGACACACACCUUUAACCUCCCACGUCUUUAUACCACAGAGAAAAACACAACAGUAUUUUUAUAUUUCUACUGCCUUUGCACUAAAACAUCACAUUUUUUUAAAUAGAAAAGUUGUAGUUUUUUCAUUAGCUGUUUGAUAUCAUGAAACCCGGUGAUGUUUUUAUGUCUGUUUUUAUAUAUGAAUAUAUAAAUGUUUUACUAAAUUAAUUUGUGAAAGUCCUUGAUGGAGUUUUUGAAGCUGAUUUUAUCUCUCCUUGGAUGUAAACGUUUUGUAUAGUUUUUAGGACACAAGCCAGCACCCUCAAACCUGCUGCUAAGGUUUGUGUAACAUUGUUAAUAAAUAAUUCAACAGCUAUUUUA